AUGACUGACAGUGAACUAUUGAAGGUCAACUUCGUAGUGUGCCAACUGUUUGCCUUGCUUGCAGCUAUUUGGUUUCGAACAUACCUUCAUUCAAGCAAAACUAGCUCAUUUAUAAGACAUGUUGUUGUCACUCUUUUGGGCCUUUAUCUUGCAUUUUUUUGUUUUGGAUGGUAUGCCUUACAUUUUGUUAUACAAAGUGGAAUUUCUUACUUUAUCAUGAUCAUAAUAGGAGUGGAAAAUAUGCACAAGUAUUGCUUUGUUUUUGCUUUGGGAUACCUCACUGUGUGCCAAAUUACUAGAGUCUAUAUCUUUGAUUAUGGACAAUAUUCUGCUGAUUUUUCUGGCCCAAUGAUGAUAAUUACACAGAAGAUCACUAGUUUGGCUUUUGAAAUUCAUGACGGAAUGUUUCGAAAGGAAGAAGAACUGACUCCAUCACAGAGAUGCUUGGCUGUAAGACGCAUGCCAAGUCUACUGGAAUAUUUAAGUUACAACUGUAAUUUCAUGGGUAUCCUGGCAGGCCCGUUAUGCUCUUAUAAAGACUAUAUUACUUUCAUUGAAGGCAGAUCAUACCAACUGCAACACUCUGAAGCAAAUGGGAAGGAGGAUAUAAAAUAUGAACAAAUGGAUCCCUCUCCAAAUAUAGCCGUGAUACAGAAACUCUUAGUCUGUGGACUGUCUUUAUUAAUUCAUCUGACUGUUACAAAGACUUUACCUGUGGAAUAUAAUAUUGAUGAUAACUUCAGAGCUACAGCAUCUUGGCCUAUAAGGAUUCUCUACCUGUAUGUGUCUCUUAUGGCUGCCAGACCCAAAUACUAUUUUGCAUGGACUCUAGCUGAUGCAAUUAAUAAUGCAGCAGGGUUUGGUUUUCGAGGCUAUGACAAAAAUGGAGCAGCAUGUUGGGAUUUGAUAUCAAAUCUGAGAAUCCAACAGAUCGAGUUUGCAACAAGUUUCAAGAUGUUUCUUGAUAACUGGAAUAUUCAAACAGCUCUUUGGCUUAAAAGAGUAUGUUAUGAGCGAGUGACCUUCAGUCCUACAGUCCAAACUUUCAUCCUUUCAGCCGUUUGGCAUGGUGUGUAUCCAGGAUAUUAUUUAUCAUUUCUAACAGGAGUGCUGGUGACACUAGCAGCACGAGCCAUGAGAAACAACAUUAGACACUUCUUUGUUGACUUCUCCCUUGUUAAGCUGUUCUACGAUAUCAUAACAUGGAUGACAACUCAAUUAGCAAUAAGUUACACAGUUGUGCCAUUUGUGCUGCUUUCUGUAAAACCAUCUUUCACAUUUUAUAGCUGCUGGUAUUUUUGUCUUCACAUUGUCUGCAUUUUAGUGUUGUUGCUAUUUCCAAUGAAAAGAACUCAAAAAGGAAGAAAAGAGCAAGAAAGUGUGCAACCCUCAUGUUCCAAAAAACUAAAGCAGGAAGAAAAUGCUUUCCAACAGAACAGUUAUUCCACAACAACUAAUAGUUUCAAUCAGAAGCAAGAAGUAACCCGCAGAUAUUCAUCACAGAAACAAUGAUUGGGGAAUACUAUGAUGAAUAUAUUUUGUAUGUUUUCAAAAUCCAUUUUUAGCACCUUUAACAGGGUUUGUAUUUGUUUGCAAAGAUGUUUAGUAAGAAAAGAAUGCAUUACCUAGGAAUAUCACAUGCAAUGGUAAGACUAGAAGCAAAGCAAAUUAAUCCCUCCCAUGUCAUGUCCCUGUGGGUCAUGCCUUGUAUAUGAAAUAUUACCAUUAUUUCAAUGGGCACUCAGGACUUACAACGUAUGUCCAUAGGGUCAUAUGCGUGCCCCUUUGCUGAAUGUACGUUGUGCAUCCCAAGGCACUGAUGAGGUAGAAAACAAUGAUCAAUCUAGAUUAACAUAUGGAAAGAAGUUUUUUCCAAAUGAAUGACCAUGCCUUAAACCCUCUAUUUACUGAAAUAUUGUUUCUAAGUGGUAUUUUCAUAUUUAAUAUUAUGUGAAAAUCAUAUGUCAGAAAGAUGUUGGAUGAUAUCAAAAAGAACAGGAACAUGACAUUGGAAAUCAUGGAAAGGAUCUGUAUCUUUAAAAAGCAUUGCAAUAAACAUCUCAGUAUUUGGAGGGUUUUCUUAAAGUAUCUGAAAUUUACAGUACAUUGCAGAACUGUAAAUGUUACUGAUGCCAAAUUAGGUUAGUUUGAGAGAGAGUCUAAUUGUAAAGAGCCCUUCUGAAAAGAAUUUUUAAAACUAAAGAUUUACCUUUUCAGAGUGGGUAACUCUAUUCUGGAUUCCUUUUAUUUUUAAAGUGAAGUUUCUAGCUAGAGACAAAAUGGCAACCAUAGUAGGAUACAGAUGAAGACACUGUGUAAACACCAGGCUUUGGGUACAAGUUCUUAUUACCCUUAGGUACAAGAAUUUCUUAUUUUAUUUAAGUAUUUUACAAAUAUUUACUUUGAAUAUCUUAAGAAGAGUAAGAAGAAAUCAUUCAGAAGUUUAUCAGACAAAAUGGUUAGUUGAAAGCACUUACAGAAUCAAAAAUAGCCAGAUUACCUUGAAGUUAUAGCUCUAGUCCAUAGAAAGAUUA